AUGAGUUCAUUUUUUAAAAAAUGGUUUCAAGAAUCUGUUUUCGACUCUUCCUCUGAUGAAGAGUUAGAGGAGAUGCUCAUAUUCCAAGCAGAGCAACAGAGGUUGGAGAGGAUGAGGGCCUCAGCAUCACGUACUCCUCGAUUGUACAUCGAUCGUGGCUUUAUUGAGGGUCACAACCGACUUUUCAAUGAUUAUUUUGCUGAGAAUCCGGUUUAUCCUCAUGACCGAUUCAGAAGAAGAUUUCGAAUGGGACGUGAUCUAUUUCUUCGCAUCCAGUCUGCAUUAGAGGCUCAUGAACCUUAUUUUCAGCAAAAAAUGGAUGCAGCUGGAAAGUUGGGAUUAUCUUCACUUCAGAAGAUUAUAGCUGUGUUAGGAAUGCUUGCAUAUGGUGUCUUUGCCGACCUUUUGGAUGAGUAUGUGCGAAUCGGAGAGAGCACUGCGGUGUUGUCUAUGAAGAAAUUUGUGAAAACAGUGAUAUCUGUUUUUGGAAACGAAUACUUGCGAUCCCCAAAUAGCGAUGAUGUUGCGAGAUUGUUGGCUAUCGGUGAAAGUCGAGGCUUCCCCGGAAUGUUAGGAAGUAUUGAUUGCAUACAUUGGAAGUGGAAGAAUUGUCCAUCCGCUUGGAAGGGGCAGUUCACCGGUCAUAUUCACGAACCAACACUUAUAUUAGAAGCUAUCGCAUCGUAUGACCUAUGGAUUUGGCAUGCAUUCUUCGGAUUGUCGGGUUCUCAUAAUGACAUCAAUGUAUUGGAUCGUUCGUUUGUGUUUUCAGAUCUAACUCAAGGACGUUUCCCACCAGUGCACUAUUAUGUCAAUGAUCACCAUUACUCAAUUGGUUACUAUCUCGCUUACGGUAUCUACCCAUCGUGGGCGACUUUUGUCAAAACAAUUCCUAUGCCACAAACCAAUAAGGCUAGACAUUUCAAAAGGAUGCAAGAAUCUUGCCGAAAGGAUGUUGAGCGUGCUUUCGGUGUUCUUCAAGCAAGGUUUGCAAUAGUACGCCGGCCAGCUCGCUACUUCAAACGUUCAACACUUCAUAAUAUAAUGUUGGUGUGCAUAAUCUUACACAAUAUGAUUGUUGAAGAUGAACGACAUUUACACGUUCAACCUGACAUUACAUACAUGUAUGAUCAAGCUGAAGAUGGUCCUCCUACGCCAGUACUGGAGCACUUACGAACUCGUGAGUUUCAAGACUUUGUUAACCAAUACAUCCGCAUUCAGGAUAGAGAAAUACAUACCCAACUUCAAGCUGACCUUGUGGAGCAUUUGUGGAACAUUCAUAGCAAUGCUUAG